AUGGAUGAUGAUAACGAUAUUGAUACAGAAGUAAAUUCAUUUGGUGAGGAAAGUGAUUUAAUAAUUAGUAAUACCUUGAAUUUAGAUGCAGAUGUAUUCAUUAAUAAUUUAGACAAAAUUAUUGAGGAUAGUUUGGAAGAGAAUUUAGAGGGAGAACGAAAUAUUCAAAAUGUAGUUGAAAAAGAAAAUGACAUUAAUAUAGAAUGGGAUCCAAUUGCUGAAGCUGAAAAAAUAGUUAAUUCUAUAAGUUACGGAGUUUCAAAAAUUACGGAAAUUAUGGAAAUUGCAGAAUUAAUGGAAAUUUUGGCAAAAUUCAGAAGUUACGGAAGUUUGGGCAGAAUUUCAAAAUUUAACUCUAAAAGGCGAAAUAUUUCGCCAAUCAAAAAACAGUUUCGCUAG